AUGGAUAUCUUGAUUAUUUAUUUUAUUGUCGCAAGCAUUGUUCUUGCUAGUCUAAUCUUUAAGCGACUUCUGGCAUUUUUGGCACAACCGAAAGGUUUAUUUUCGAUACUCUAUUUUCGCCACAUCGUUCUACCGUAUUUGGUUCGCAGGCAUCGUUUUUGCGGUCCGUGGACCCGAGCCGAGUUCAUUCUCCACUUACUUUACAUUUGUGUCAAUGUUUUUUUCGUAUUUUUUAGAAUGAAAUCAUGGAACGACUCCGGCUUCCGAGCUGCAGAGCUUUGUCUGAUUAACCUGAUUUUUCCCCUCUCGGCAAUACACCUGAGCUACCUGGCCGACAUUCUGGGCAUAAAGCUGAGCACCUGUCGGUGUAUUCAUCGCACUACUGGCUUGAUGGCUUUUGCUCUGUUGUUAUAUCACGUCAUCAUGACGUUUCGUACUCAGGGGUUUACUUUCUCACCUCGUGAGGAGGCUAACCUCUUUGCAAUUGCUGCUGCUAUAUCACUUGUUCUGCUCGUACUUAUUCUGGUUGAAGGUGUUCGUCGGUGGGCUUACGAGAUUUUACUCCGUGGACACCAACUUUUGGCCGUAUUCUUCGUGUAUAGCACCUGGCGCCAUCUGACAACAAGUACUUUCUACAGAAUAUACCUCUUGAUUGCAUCAGCCAUAUUUGGAUUAUUAUUUCUUCUGCAAUUGAUAACAGUUUCAUAUCGAAACGGUCUGUUUGCGAGGCGUGGUCCUCCCCGGGCCUUGGUAUCGUUUAGCACCAAAUUCGGUGAGAAAGAUCAACUUGUGGUCACGGCCAUUCAUAUCCGACUUUCUUUACCUCGGCCUAUAAGAGUGGAGCCGGGCCAAUAUAUCAAUCUCUGGAUGCCAUCAGUCAGUUUAUGGUCGUGGACGCAAUCUCAUCCUUUCACAGUCACCUCGUGGUCAAUUGAUGCACAGAAUAAUCUGGAGCUAUUGGUACAACCAUGUGGUGGUUUGACUACUAACCUUAGUCGCUAUGCUCCAAAAGCUAUGGGAGGUUCGUUAUCUUUCCUGGCACUGUUCACAGGUCCCCAUGGAUUGAGUGAGGAUGUCCAUGGGUAUGAAACAGUCCUGGUGCUUGCUAGUGGAUUUGGGAUUGCAACGGCAAUACCGAACCUGAAGAAAAUGAUUCAAGGUUAUAAGACCAGCACAUCUCAAGUUCGGCGACUACAUUUAGUGUGGCAGGUAGAAUCAGGCGAAGCUAUUAACACAGCUCGGGCUCUAUUGAACGACCUUCUAGGGGAAGAUAUCAUAGACAGAAAGAAAGAAAUCGACCUCAAGGAGGAUACGAGACUGCAUAUCUCUAUAUAUGUCCAGGAUACUCAAUCACACGAAUUUCCACUUGGACAACAUGGACGUGUCCAUUUUUACCAUGACAUUCCUGACUACCGUGCCAUAAUCUCGCUCGAGGCAUCUGGCGACUUGAUCAAGCGACUAUCUAACACAUGGGACGAGCCAGGUCGCACAUUAGUAAUGGUUUCCGCAACGAGCAGCCUUCGGGAUCAUAUACGGAAAAGCAUCCAAGAGAAUAUUUACAGAGGCGUGAAGCUUUCGGAACAGGAGUAUCAACCCAAUGUAGGGGCGGAUUGA